AUGCAGGGGCUGCGCGCACGGCAGCCCGCCAGCGGGGAUGGCGGGGACCCGGCUAUCCGAGGCCAACCGAGGCUCCCGAGGCCCUGCCGUAUUGUUCCACCUGGGCAGGAUUCUGACUUAGAGGAGUUCAGUCAUAAUCCCACAGAUGGUGUACCGCUCCAGUCAAACUCCCCACCUGGCACUGUCCCCGGAGCGGGUCGUGCCCGGCGGCUGGGCCGGGCGCUUGGCGCCAGAAGCGAGAGCCCCUUGGGGCUCGCCCCCCACCUCACCCGUCGGAUUCCCCUGGUCCGCACCAGUUCUAAGUCGGCUGCUGGGCGCCAGCCGAGGCGAGGCGCCGCACGGAACCGCGGCCGGGGGCCGGACCCGACGGGCGGCGCGGCCGAGCCAGGGGGGAAAGGCACGCGGCCUGACAGGCCGACCGCGACCCCGCGCGCCGCCGGGAGCCCCGCGACUCCGGGAGGACGCCGCGCGCGGCGGGGCAUGCCGACGCCCGCCGGGCUCCCCGGGGGCGGCCGCAACUCCCGCCGCAGCUGGGGCGAUCCACAGGAAGGACCCGGCUCGCGUCCAGAGUCGCCACCGCCGCCGGCCCCCGGGUGCCCGGGCGGUCUCCACGCGGGGGAACGCGCCGCCGCCCCGCCUCCCGCCCCCCGCCGCCCCGCCCCUGGAGAGGAGGAACGGGGGAGGGAGGGAAGAGGAGAGCGGGCGGAAGGGGGUCGUGCGGGGCGGGGGUGGGGCGGGGACGGGCCCGCGGGGAGGCCCGGGGUGUGGGGAGGGCAGCGGCGCCUCGUCCACCCGCGGCGCGGGCCCAGCCCCGCUUCGCGCCCCAGCACGAGUGACCCAGCCCUUAGAGCCAAUCCUUAUCCCGAAGUUAUGGAUCUGGCUUGCCAUCUGAGUUUACCACCCUCUUUCAGCUGCAUUCCCAAGCAACCCGACUCCGGGAAGGCCCGGACCCGGCACGCCAGGGGCCGCUACCAGCCUCACACCGUCCACGGGCUGGGCCUCGAUCAGAAGGACUUGUGCCCCCCACGAGCGGCGCCAGGGAGUGGGCCUUCUGUAUGCCACAUUUCCUGUGCCCCACCGCGUAGCGGGGAUUCGGCGCUGGGCUCUUCCCUGUUCACUCGCCGUUACUGA